AUGGAUGAUCCACCGAUCACGCUCGGCCUGCAUGAACUUCGCUACGACGACAUCGUCGCCGAGUUUGCUUCAUGGCAACAGUUCGUGGCCAUGCAAUUUGGAUAUGUUGAACAGCGCAUCUCGAGUGUAGAGCCUGGCGAAGAUGUUCAGACGUACCGUAAUGAGCCUGGAGCGUCGAGAGAUGUACAAUACCAUUCAACGAAUCACGAUGUCGAGGGUUUCGAGAUGCUGGGCCUACUCAAUGACCCCUACCCAAUUGGUGUGUACCACCGUGGCGGUGAGCCCGCUAUGCCGACCAUACAGUUCACAUCCAUUCCUUCGCUGCCAGACCACCAUGGUAGCUUUGAUGGACUUCCAGAUGACGCGUCUUAUUGGGCCUUAUCAUCGCUCGCGCCCAGCUGCCUCAACCACACAUCAUCCUUCGCCAUAUCACCCUCGAUGAUUCCCUUUGCCCCCAUCUCCUCUGCGCAAGAACCAAGCACCUUAAUUACCAACCCUAGUGGUUCGGAGGAUAACCCUGACUGCAUGGGCGAGAUCGAUGGGUGGAGGAAUGAGACUAGAGUCGUUCCUUGGGGCGCCACAGGUGUCGAGAUGCAAGAUAUAGGGAUUGGUGGUGACAUGGCAACGCUAUACGGACAGUAUCUGAAUCCAGCGCAGCAAGAGGAGCAAGAUAUGUCUGUCGAAGACGAUUCCGAGUACCGAACUGACCCGAACUAA